AUGUCGUUCGUUGUCGACCAGGUACGGCAAAUUGACAGUCGUCUCGACGCGCUCCACCUUGCGCGACAACAGCCUGGCGACAGUUUCUGGGUUACCGAGGAAGAGGCCCACGAUUGGUCUUCUGCGGAACGGUUUGCUCACCUCCAGCGGUUGAUCAAGAGCCUCUCGGCGACCUCAAGCCCCAAGCAGUCUUUGGUGGGGGUAGACCGUAUUGUCGACAUCCUUGACGAGGCAAAGCUUGGGACGCAAUGGCAGCCUUUGAUACAAGGUGGAGGCGACACGAGAUAUCAGAAGCCCCAGAGAGCGGAGACUUCGUAUGAGCAUGAGCUGGAAUGGCUGCUGCUCAGCAAAGCAACCGCGCAGGCAUACGGUGCCGUGCUGAAUGCUGUCUUGGAGCAAGCCCUGCCUCUAGAGGAUCACAUCUGGUACUGGGAAGAUAUUGCGAGCUCAUACCGAUACGCCGGGCUGUACUCGAUGCAGACGUCCCCUAUUCGUCUCUGGAACUGGUAUCUGGAUAUCGUGCACGAUGUCAGGAAAAGAGGGGCCAGGAGAGGGAUAGCGCUCACGGACGGAUGGAGGCAGUUCUACGGCCUCGUCAAGGAGGCUGUCACAGAGAGAUCCAUUGUGCAUAUUCAGCGCAAGGUUGUAUCACCGCUUGCUCUGGCGCAGAAUGAGGCGAAGCGAAAGGCAAAGGCUCUCAAGGGGAUCCGGUUACGAUGUGCGAACGCUUUGGGCUUGUUACUGGGAGAAGGUCUCAGCUAUGAAAGCAGCCAUGGAAAAGGUCUGGAGGUGUUGGAUGCCGAAAGCACAGAGCCCGAAAACCGACACAAAUGGAAGGGAACCGUCGCAAGGAAUAUAUCUCUGAUGGAUGCCGUUCUUCAUACACUCAACGAUGGUAGCCAAGUGAAGUUUGACGAAGCUGUAGCAGCCAUCACCGAGGAAGAUCAUUACUUCGAGCCACAUGAGGCUUCUGGGGAGGAAUUCAGCAUCUCCACAGUGUUCCUUCAACCCGCCGACGUUGCAAGGCGCCUUCGUGGCGUCCUUACCCAGGCCUUGCCUACCUAUACCGCGACAUACCGGGCCCGCGUAAAGAGGAGUGGGCGGCCCUCUCGUCUCAUACGGUACUGGCUUCCUGCUUCAAUACUCUUGGUCUCUUCGACAACUAUCGUCCGCAUUGUUGUAAACCGUAAAGAAGAUAUUCUCGCCUGGAUCCGCGAAUUUGGGCGAACAUGCAUUGACUUCUGGUCCAACUGGGUUGUAGAACCGGUGAAGAAGGUCAUUGGCACGAUACGGCAUGACGAGGGAAGUGAAGUCUCCAUCCUCAGCAAGAGGAGCCUGGAGGGUGAUCGCGCCAGUCUCGAACGCAUGGUGAUUGAUUUUGCCGUGGCAAACCGCGAGGGCCCUCCUCUCACCGAGACGCACAUCGCCGCCCUACGCGCCAAAGUACGCGAGGGAGACUUAACGCCCAUCUUGAAGGCAUACGAGAAGGAUAUGCAACGACCGGUCAUGGGCGCCAUCCGGGGAAAUCUCAUCAGUGCGCUCUUGAUCCAGGUCCAGAAGACGAAGGUGGAUGUGGAGGUGGCGAUGGCUGGGAUUGACUCGAUAUUGAAAAGUCAAGAGCUGCUGUUUGGUUUCAUCGGAUUGACGCCUGGACUGCUGGUCACGGUGGGGGCGUAUCGCUGGCUCCGGGGCGUGUUCAGCAACCAGAAUAGUCUGGAGGCGUGGCGGCGGCAGGGCCAGUUGGUGAUUAAACUAAGGAAUAUUGACCGGAUCCUCGUCGGAUCAAUGGGCAAUACCAAUGAAUAUGGGGAGAUAUCAUACGAGGAUCAGGGCCUCCUUCUGUUUGAAGUCCAUCGUCUGCGCCAGACAGCCAGCGGCAUUCUACCACGCCGCAUCUUCCACGAUUUACUGGAAGAUUUGAGCGAACUCGCUGAGAACAGGAAUGGGCUGGAGAGGCAACGCAGAGUGGUGGAACGUAUCAGCGAGGACUCGUUCACGCCGUCCUUCAUCACCACCAUCGGCAUCGACUUCAAGAUCCGGACCAUCGAGCUCGACGGCAAGCGCGUCAAGCUGCAAAUAUGGGAUACCGCCGGGCAGGAGCGGUUCCGGACCAUCACGACGGCGUAUUACAGGGGCGCCAUGGGCAUUCUGCUGGUCUACGAUGUUACGGAUGAGAGGUCGUUUAACAACAUCCGCACCUGGUUCUCCAACGUCGAGCAACACGCCACCGAAGGCGUCAACAAGAUCCUCAUCGGCAACAAAUGCGACUGGGAAGAGAAACGCGCCGUCUCUACCGAGCAAGGCCAGAAGCUUGCCGACGAGCUCGGCAUCCCCUUCCUCGAGGUCAGCGCGAAGAGCAACAUCAACAUCGACAAGGCGUUUUACUCGCUCGCGGCGGAUAUCAAGAAGAGGUUGAUUGACAGCGCGAAGAACGAUGGGCCGUCGACGAGCGUGAACGUCGGGGAUGCGGGACAGGGUGCGGGGACAACGGGAAAGACGUGCUGCUAG